AUGCCUUGGCAGAUUUCACAAAGGGCUGCGCACCAGGAGAGGGAAGAAAGGAAAGGCAGGCUGGCUACUUCCGGUUUAGCCACGGCAGCUAACUCUACAACCAGCCCAUCAAAGCUGCUCCUGCUAGAAUUUGUGGACAAGUGCAUAGGAUCAAGAAUUCACAUUGUGAUGAAGAGUGAUAAGGAAAUUGUUGGAACACAUCUAGGAUUUGAUGACUUUGUCAAUAUGGUGCUGGAAGAUGUCACUGAGUUUAAAAUCACCCCAGAAGGUAGAAGGAUUACUAAAUUAAAUCAGAUUUUGCUAAGUGGAAAUAAUAUAACAAUGAUGGUUUCUAGAGGAAAAGGAUCUGAGGUAUGA